AUGAAACUCACGAGAAUGGCACGAGAAACUGCGCGUCUUGCACACGCGACCAGCUCGUCAAAUGUAGCGACACGAUCCCUGCGGAGAUUCGCCUAUACAGCUGCCAAUGCUCACGAACAGCCGCCUUCACUAGAUACCGACCCACAAACGUCACAAGAGAACGACAGAUCGGGCAAGCGGAAAAGAGAAACCACAGAAACCCCAACGGUAAAGACGGUGAAAUUGGAAGCAACAGAAAUCCGACGAUCGCCUCGCAAAGCGCCCAAAAUCGCAAACGGUGACGAAGACGAAGAAGAUGCGACCCAAACAAGGCCGAGAAAAGCGGCACGCCGACCCGCAACCAAAGUCAAGAGCCCGAGCGGAGGAGGAGGAGGAGUCGUCAAAGUCGAAGCACCGGCAGCGUGGGAAGAAAUCUACAAGACCGUCGCAUCGCAGCGAAAACGCGUCCUCGCACCCGUCGAUACCAUGGGCUGUGAAACUCUCGCGGAGCAAGAUCGUUCCCCGGCAGACCGACGCCUCCAGACGCUCGUAUCGCUGAUGCUGAGUUCCCAGACCAAAGACACCGUCACGGCCGCCGCGAUGAAGAAUCUCCAGGAGAACUUGCCGGGGGGCUUCUGUCUGGAAUCGUUGCUACGAGCCGCGCCGGAAGAGCUGAAUCGCCUGAUCGAGAAGGUGGGGUUCCACAACAACAAGACGAAAUAUAUCAAGGCUACGGCUGAGAUUCUGAGGAGGAGCUUUGGAGGGGAUAUUCCGGAUACGAUUGAGGGGUUGGUUUCCCUUCCGGGGGUGGGGCCGAAGAUGGCGUAUCUCUGUAUGAGUGCGGCGUGGGGACGGGAUGAAGGCAUUGGGGUGGAUGUGCAUGUGCAUCGGAUUACGAAUCUGUGGGGUUGGCAUAAGACGAAUACACCGGAGCAGACGAGGGCGGAGUUGGAGAGUUGGUUGCCGAGGGAGAAGUGGCAUGAUAUUAAUCAUUUGUUGGUCGGGUUUGGGCAGACGAUUUGUUUGCCGGUGGGGAGGAAGUGUGGCGAGUGUGAUCUGGGGAUGAAAGGGUUGUGUCCGAGUGCGGUGGCAUACAGUCCCAAGAAGAAAAGAGUGAAGCAGAAGAUUGCGGUGGAAGAUGGGGAGGCCAUCAAGGAGGAGGAGGCGGUCGUCGAGACUGACGACAAAGCUGCUGUUGUACAGAUCAAGUCUGAGGAUGUGGGAAAUAUCCAGGCUCAGUUGGCACGGGCAUCGGCGCUGGAAGCAUGA